UUCGUUAAAACUCACCCACACGAUAACCUUGGAUAAUAAUCACACUGAAGUGCAUAAGUGGUCUCGAAAAGUUAAUAACGUCAUGCCAGCUACUUCACCCACCGCGGUGCGCCCUUCAAAAUACACCCUGAAUAAGGACAGACAGGGCGCGUCAACGGCAUCAACCACAACAAACCGAUCCACAUCAAAAAUGUAUGGUGCCAUGACGAUAACGGUGCAGGAACAAAUUCAAAAUUUACAAAAUUCAUCCGAGGCUAAAAAGAAGAAUCUUCCUCAACGACCUAUAACUCCUUAUGGAAGUCAUUCUAAAAAUGUUAUAGAGGGAAAUAAAGCUGUCUCUAAAAAAAUAAUAAGAAGAGAGGAAUCCCCUCCGGCCUCACCUCGUUCCAGACCUGUUACUCCUCAUGAUGUUCAACAACGUAGGCCUAUUACCCCAAGUACCUCAAAGGAAAAAAGACCAACAAGUGGUAUUUUAAAGAAGAAGCUUCCCACUCCUCAAGAUACUACCCAAAAAUCUCCUGCUACUGUUUCUGCUCAUACUUCUUCUCAUCAAGCUACAGCUCAUCGUCGAUCUCAUGAACGUGUUGUUGUUUCUCCUGAUAAAUCUUUAUUGGAAGAAAACAGAAAAUUAAAACGUCAAUUGGCUGAUUAUGAAGAAAG